UGACGACAAUAAGGGGCGGGGCUGAAACGGCCCAGGGGGCGGGCGUUUGAAAUCAGUGCCUUAGAGUAGACCCUAAACAUCAUUUUAUACCUUCAAGAACCAAUUACUUAAUGUCUCUUCCGUCUUUUCCUUCCCCGACCCCCUUCCAGACUCCAUCAUUCUGGUACCGCGUGGACGGAAAGCCCCGGGUAGCCGACACCACGUUCCCGGCUAGCGGGAGAGAGCGUGGAAAAGGAUUACACCAAACUGUUUAAAUUCAACGGCUCCUGCUUCCAUCCUUUCUCCUGUGCUAGACCCAACAAGCCUAGGGAGUUGGGCUACGGAAAAACUAGUGUUUUCAUUUAAUUGGAUAUGAAGAAAGAACAAAUAUGUACGAGGGCAACCACGAUCUUUAUAAAGAUUUCAUUUUAAAGACUGCCCUGAAGUCCUAUUCUGCUAUAUUUGGGUCACCCACCCAGGUCUGAGUAAUUCAAUAAACCUCAAGAGAACAGAGGCAGGCAGCAACUGAGAAACAUAACAGAGUUGCAAGCACAGACACCAUCAGUCCCUGGGUAAAGCUGCUGCCCAGAGUGGAGUCUCCCUGGUGCACCAACAAGCCUAAGAAAGAUUAUCAUCCCAUUUGCAAAAACAUUGGCUGGUAGAUCCUGCUACCUCAUACAUACAACCACCCAAUUUUUUACAAGUAGCAUUUUCCUACACCCUCAACCAUCUAGAACAUACCUAAACACUGGGAGUUUGCUGCUUAUUAAAUUGAACUAUGAAGUCUAAGGCCAACUGUGCCCAGAAUCCAAACUGUAGCAUAAUGAUAUUCCAUCCAACCAAAGAAGAGUUUAACGAUUUUGAUAAAUACAUUGCUUAUAUGGAAUCCCAAGGUGCACACCGAGCUGGCCUAGCCAAGGUAAUUCCUCCCAAGGAGUGGAAAGCCAGACAGACCUAUGAUGACAUCAAUGACAUCUUAAUAGCCACUCCCCUCCAGCAGGUGGCCUCUGGGCAGGCAGGGGUGUUUACUCAAUACCAUAAAAAGAAGAAAGCCAUGACCCUUCGGGAGUAUCACCAUUUGGCAAACAGUGAAAAAUAUCGGGCUCCACCACACCGGAAUUUUGAAGAUUUGGAGAGAAAAUAUUGGAAGAAUCGCAUCUAUGAUUCACCAAUUUAUGGUGCUGAUGUCAGUGGCUCCUUGUUUGAUGAAAACACUAAACAGUGGAACCUUGGGCACCUGGGAACGAUUCAGGACCUAUUGGAGCAGGAAUGUGGAGUUGUCAUCGAAGGCGUCAACACUCCCUACCUGUACUUUGGGAUGUGGAAGACCACCUUUGCUUGGCACACAGAGGACAUGGACCUUUACAGCAUCAACUACCUGCACUUCGGGGAGCCCAAAACUUGGUACGCGGUGCCCCCAGAACACGGCCAGCGCUUGGAACGCCUGGCCCGGGUGCUUUUUCCGGGCAGUUCCCGGGGCUGUGAGGCCUUCCUGAGGCACAAGGUGGCCCUCAUCUCUCCCACUGUCCUCAAGGACAAUGGGAUUCCCUUCAGUCGCAUGACUCAGGAGGCUGGAGAGUUCAUGGUGACCUUUCCCUAUGGCUACCACUCUGGCUUCAACCAUGGCUUCAACUGCGCGGAGGCCAUCAAUUUCGCGACCCCGAGAUGGAUCGAUUAUGGCAAAGUGGCUUCUCAGUGCAGCUGCGGGGAGGCCAGGGUGACCUUUUCCAUGGAUGCUUUCGUGCGCAUCCUGCAACCCGAGCGCUAUGAGCUGUGGAAACGCGGGGAAGAUCGAAUGGUUGUGGACCACAGGGAGUCCAGGGCACCAGCCAGCCAGGAGCUGACCAUCUGGAGGGAGGUCCAAUCGCCCAGGAAAGCCAGGCUAGGUCUGAGGCACCUCCCACCCCGCCGGGCCCUGCAUCCCCCUCGGCCUGUGGCUGCCAGUGGUCGUACCCGCAGCCGCGCCCCUGUGCACUCUUCUCCCCUUCGGGGAUCUGUGGCCAGUAGCACUGCUACUCAGCGUGGGGCCACGGCCAUACGCAGUUCCCGGCAACGCAUAACAACCCCACCGCCCACCCUGGGUGUGUCGGCACAAAUUCUCCACCCACCAAAGGGCAGAAAUGGUCGCGGUCGUCGUCAUCAGGACCUGCGUGCUCAGGUGCCAACUCUCCAUGCUCCGGCUAAGAGGCGCUUGGUGGACACAGCGUGCACAGUUCUGGGGCCUAAGGCUCAGCCCUAG